GUGUGUGCAGACACUGGAACUUUCCAGAACUACUGCGAGCCGUGAACAUGCCUUUGAGGAGAGUCCUACCAGCCAGUAAUACAGCAAAGCGUGGUGGAGAGACCAUAUUCUGCCUUAGAACAAAUCCUGCUAUCAAGUUACAGCACCCUCUGAAAUCAGGAUCUAAUGUGCUGGCAGCUUUUUGUUGUGCUUGCGGUGGAUGUUGUCUACCUUGACUUCAGCAAGGCUUUUGACACAGUCUCCCACAACAUAUUUAUAGGAUGACAUCCAGAAAUGGGAAACCAUGGCUCCAUUCAAGUCAAUUGCAAAUCUCCCAGUGACAAAAGAAGCUCAUUCAUAAAGCUCUAAACACACUGUUUUCUAUAACUUUAAUUAAUGAAAUACUCUCAGGAGGAGCCAGACAGAGCAAAGUCUCAGCUCCAACCUUCAUCUGAUCAGAAGUGUCUCCAUUCUGCUGAAGCUCCAUGCAGGAGAUAACAAACUCAGCCCAGAUCAGAGGAAAUGCCUUCGUAGACUUUACGCCACUUGCUGAUGGGACUCGCUGACAGCAUAAUGAGGAUGUAAGAACACAGUGAAGUCCUCCCCGGGGUAACGCGAGCUUAGGUUUCUUGCUAGAGGAGCUGUCGGCGGGCACCUCUCACCCCACCCCGCCCCGCAGCGCUGCCGGUGCCGGUCCCGGGGAGGCGCCGCUCCCCUCCGUGGCGUGCGGCGGCGGGCGGCUCCCUUGGCUGGGCGCCGCGGCGGGGUCACGCCUGCCCGGUGCGCGGCGCUGGGCUUUCCCAGCCGCCCGCCCGCCGCGCCGCAGCCCCAUGUCCUCGCUCCCCGCCGGUCCCGACAUCAAGAGGGCUCUGGAGAACAGCCCCGAGACCAACAUCGAGGAUGAGCUGCCCGACGCUCCGCCGCAGCCGCGGCCCAAGAACUACCUGCUCCUCAGCAUCCUGGCCUGCUUCUGUCCCGCCUAUCCCGUCAACAUCGUCGCCUUCGUUUUCGCCGUCAUGGCUUUAAACAGUUAUAAUCAAGGAGAUAUAGAAGGGUCAAAAAGACUGGGUCGCAAUGCUCUCUGGGUUGCCGUUGCAUCCAUUAUCAUCGGGCUUGUCAUCAUCGGAAUCUAUUGCGUAGUUCAUUUCACCACGCAUGCUAUCUGAAGACCAGGACUGCACUUGGAAGAAAUCAUCAUGUAAAUCUUGGGAGUGGAAAAAGAAGAGGAGAAGGAAACCCUUCAUUCCAGACUGUUAGAUUUGACACUGCAAGUCUGCAGAGGCAUGUUGCUGGUGGAUGAACCGAUAGUCCAGUUAGUUAAUCAGCAUGGCGUGACCAGGUUUUCAAAAUUAUUUAUUUAUAAGGAAUCUUAGUAUAAAGCAGCAUUUUCUCUUCUACCCUGAUGUAUAAUGAGAUCUUGCCCUAACAACUCCCUUUUCUUUCUCAUUUACGUGGAAUGUAUGCUGGAUCCAUGGUGUUCCCUGGCUGACCCUAUCCAAACAAAGCCAACGUAUCUAGACUGUUUAUAGUGCACGAUGUAAGAUCUGAUGCACAGCCCGCUGAAGCUAGUAGAAGAGCUCCUGUUGCUGCCUCCAGUGGGUUUUGGAUCAGGCCAUUAAGGAUUUUUUUAUUACUUUAAAAUAGUCUCAACAUAACACAAUCAUAACCAUGGUUUGUGAUUUUAUCCUGUUAUGUGAUUUUAUAAUGCCGUGGGCGUACUCUGCAGCUGCAAAGCGGCUGCUUUCUUCUGUCAUCCUCAGCUUUUAGGUCUUUACCUUGGAUUUUUAACCACCUGGGACCGAUUUGAAUCACUUGAUUACUAAGAGACACUCUUCUUCCAUAGCGUCCUUAUUUUUCUUAAUGAUUUUUGUUUGUUUUGUUGUCUUUCAUUGUUGAACUCCCUUGAUUUAGCUCCAGUCCUGCAUUAAAGUUGCACUGAUCAUAUUUUCCUCUUUAAACUUCACAUAUGUAAAAAGUUCAUAUUUUUUUAUCUGACAAAAGAUCUUUUUAAAUAGAUGUUCUUCUUCUUCAUCCCUUUGUUACUGUUCCUCUAGGAAGUCACAUAGUUUCAUUGUGUUCUGCUUUGUUCAUGUCUCUUUUGUUUACUUCAUCCUCUCAUCUUGCUAUGAAUAGUCUAUAUAUCAAUAUGGUUAGAGAUGGACAGACUUUUGUACGCAUACAUAGUUACCUACACUCUUGCUGAUCCUAAGAUAUUAGUGAACAGCUUUAGGUUACAGAAUUGAUAGUCUCUAAAUUACUGCAGUUUCUUGAUACCUUAUGAAAAUUUUGCAUGGAACAGCUGUUUUUUAUUAGCUGAAAACUGUUUGAAAGAAUAUAUUUGUUUUGUCUCACAAAUAUACCAUGUUAAAAGGACUGUGCUCUGGUGAGCGUUAAGACAGAUGGCUACAUCUUCAGCAGUUGUUGCUCCAUUUGCUUUAAUUGUUACUACAUCUUCAAGCGAGCUAUGCCAGCUUACACUCUCCUUGUACUUACAUCAAUCUGGACCUACUACCCAGAAAUGCAUGGGAGUUCUGCAGGUGCAAGUGAGAAAAGAAUCAUGCCUGGCGGGAGUACAACUACCUAUUGAAAAAAAGAAAAAAAUCAAUCUCCCAGAAACCUUUACCUGUUAAAGUAUAUGCCUGGAAGUAGCAUGCAUUUUCUGUGCCUUGAAUAUUAUACUUUUAAUGUGCUUUUUCGCUUUUCUUUCUGCCAGAUUCUGUUUUUCAUUGAAGUCAGUGAUGCAUCACCUAUCCUUAAUUACUCUAGUAUAAAACCUCAUGAACAGUGGUGAAUUCAGUUGAUUUCUUCAGCAUUUACACUGAUCAAAUAUGUCCACAGAGGAAUCUUGUCACUGAUUUUGAUGAUCCCAAGAGUUGGCUGUUCUGUGAACUCCUCUUUGCUUUUUGAAUACUAUUUCAAUGGUCUGGUAUGUCUUGUGGGACUUUUAGUAGCUUGCCUUAUUAUCAGAUAUGAUAGAACUGUCAUUGAGAAGUGGAAUAAAAUUACUUUUAAUUCAUGUCCA